AUGCCUGGGGGAGCAUGCCUGGGGGAGCAUGCCUGGGGGAGCAUGCCUGGGGGAGCAUGCCUGGGGGAGCAUGCCUGGGGGAGCAUGCCUGGGGGAGCAUGCCUGGGGGAGCAUGCCUGGGGGAGCAUGCCUGGGGGAGCAUGCCUGGGGGAGCAUGCCUGGGGGAGCAUGCCUGGGGGAGCAUGCCUGGGGGAGCAUGCCUGGGGGAGCAUGCCUGGGGGAGCAUGCCUGGGGGAGCAUGCCUGGGGGAGCAUGCCUGGGGGAGCAUGCCUGGGGGAGCAUGCCUGGGGGAGCAUGCCUGGGGGAGCAUGCCUGGGGGAGCAUGCCUGGGGGAGCAUGCCUGGGGGAGCAUGCCUGGGGGAGCAUGCCUGGGGGAGCAUGCCUGGGGGAGCAUGCCUGGGGGAGCAUGCCUGGGGGAGCAUGCCUGGAGGAGCAUGCCUGGAGGAGCAUGCCUGGGGGAGCAUGCCUGGGGGAGCAUGCCUGGAGGAGCAUGCCUGGGGGAGCAUGCCUGGGGGAGCAUGCCUGGGGCAGCAUGCCUGGGGGAGCAUGCCUGGGGCAGCAUGCCUGGGGGAGCAUGCCUGGGGGAGCAUGCCUGGGGGAGCAUGCCUGGGGCAGCAUGCCUGGGGGAGCAUGCCUGGGGGAGCAUGCCUGGGGCAGCAUGCCUGGGGGAGCAUGCCUGGGGGAGCAUGCCUGGGGCAGCAUGCCUGGGGGAGCAUGCCUGGAGGAGCAUGCCUGGGGGAGCAUGCCUGGGGGAGCAUGCCUGGAGGAGCAUGCCUGGGGGAGCAUGCCUGGGGGAGCAUGCCUGGGGGAGCAUGCCUGGGGGAGCAUGCCUGGGGGAGCAUGCCUGGGGGAGCAUGCCUGGGGCAGCAUGCCUGGGGGAGCAUGCCUGGGGGAGCAUGCCUGGGGCAGCAUGCCUGGGGGAGCAUGCCUGGGGGAGCAUGCCUGGGGGAGCAUGCCUGGGGGAGCAUGCCUGGGGAGCAUGCCUGGGGCAGCAUGCCUGGGGGAGCAUGCCUGGGGGAGCAUGCCUGGGGCAGCAUGCCUGGGGGAGCAUGCCUGGGGGAGCAUGCCUGGGGGAGCAUGCCUGGAGGAGCAUGCCUGGGGGAGCAUGCCUGGGGGAGCAUGCCUGGGGGAGCAUGCCUGGGGGAGCAUGCCUGGGGGAGCAUGCCUGGGGGAGCAUGCCUGGGGGAGCAUGCCUGGGGGAGCAUGCCUGGGGGAGCAUGCCUGGGGGAGCAUGCCUGGGGGAGCAUGCCUGGAGGAGCAUGCCUGGGGAAGCAUGCCUGGGGGAGCAUGCCUGGGGCAGCAUGCCUGGGGGAGCAUGCCUGGGGGAGCAUGCCUGGGGGAGCAUGCCUGGGGGAGCAUGCCUGGGGGAGCAUGCCUGGGGGAGCAUGCCUGGGGGAGCAUGCCUGGAGGAGCAUGCCUGGGGGAGCAUGCCUGGGGGAGCAUGCCUGGGGGAGCAUGCCUGGGGGAGCAUGCCUGGGGCAGCAUGCCUGGGGGAGCAUGCCUGGGGGAGCAUGCCUGGGGGAGCAUGCCUGGGGGAGCAUGCCUGGGGCAGCAUGCCUGGGGCAGCAUGCCUGGGGGAGCAUGCCUGGGGGAGCAUGCCUGGGGGAGCAUGCCUGGGGGAGCAUGCCUGGGGGAGCAUGCCUGGGGGAGCAUGCCUGGGGGAGCAUGCCUGGGGGAGCAUGCCUGGGGGAGCAUGCCUGGGGGAGCAUGCCUGGGGGAGCAUGCCUGGAGGAGCAUGCCUGGGGGAGCAUGCCUGGGGGAGCAUGCCUGGGGGAGCAUGCCUGGGGGAGCAUGCCUGGGUUAGCAUGCCUGGGGGAGCAUGCCUGGGGGAGCAUGCCUGGGGGAGCAUGCCUGGGGCAGCAUGCCUGGGGGAGCAUGCCUGGGGGAGCAUGCCUGGGGGAGCAUGCCUGGGGGAGCAUGCCUGGGGGAGCAUGCCUGGGGGAGCAUGCCUGGGGGAGCAUGCCUGGAGGAGCAUGCCUGGAGGAGCAUGCCUGGGGGAGCAUGCCUGGGGGAGCAUGCCUGGAGGAGCAUGCCUGGGGGAGCAUGCCUGGGGGAGCAUGCCUGGGGCAGCAUGCCUGGGGGAGCAUGCCUGGGGCAGCAUGCCUGGGGGAGCAUGCCUGGGGGAGCAUGCCUGGGGGAGCAUGCCUGGGGCAGCAUGCCUGGGGGAGCAUGCCUGGGGGAGCAUGCCUGGGGCAGCAUGCCUGGGGGAGCAUGCCUGGGGGAGCAUGCCUGGGGGAGCAUGCUGGGGGAGCAUGCCUGGGGGAGCAUGCCUGGGGGAGCAUGCCUGGAGGAGCAUGCCUGGGGGAGCAUGCCUGGGGGAGCAUGCCUGGAGGAGCAUGCCUGGGGGAGCAUGCCUGGGGGAGCAUGCCUGGGGGAGCAUGCCUGGGGGAGCAUGCCUGGGGGAGCAUGCCUGGGGGAGCAUGCCUGGGGCAGCAUGCCUGGGGGAGCAUGCCUGGGGGAGCAUGCCUGGGGCAGCAUGCCUGGGGGAGCAUGCCUGGGGGAGCAUGCCUGGGGGAGCAUGCCUGGAGGAGCAUGCCUGGGGGAGCAUGCCUGGGGGAGCAUGCCUGGGGGAGCAUGCCUGGGGGAGCAUGCCUGGGGGAGCAUGCCUGGGGGAGCAUGCCUGGGGGAGCAUGCCUGGGGGAGCAUGCCUGGGGGAGCAUGCCUGGGGGAGCAUGCCUGGGGGAGCAUGCCUGGAGGAGCAUGCCUGGGGAAGCAUGCCUGGGGGAGCAUGCCUGGGGCAGCAUGCCUGGGGGAGCAUGCCUGGGGGAGCAUGCCUGGGGGAGCAUGCCUGGGGGAGCAUGCCUGGGGGAGCAUGCCUGGGGGAGCAUGCCUGGGGGAGCAUGCCUGGAGGAGCAUGCCUGGGGGAGCAUGCCUGGGGGAGCAUGCCUGGGGGAGCAUGCCUGGGGGAGCAUGCCUGGGGCAGCAUGCCUGGGGGAGCAUGCCUGGGGGAGCAUGCCUGGGGGAGCAUGCCUGGGGCAGCAUGCCUGGGGGAGCAUGCCUGGGGGAGCAUGCCUGGGGGAGCAUGCCUGGGGGAGCAUGCCUGGGGAGCAUGCUGGGGAGCAUGCCUGGGGGAGCAUGCCUGGAGGAGCAUGCCUGGAGGAGCAUGCCUGGGGGAGCAUGCCUGGGGGAGCAUGCCUGGAGGAGCAUGCCUGGGGGAGCAUGCCUGGGGGAGCAUGCCUGGGGCAGCAUGCCUGGGGGAGCAUGCCUGGGGGAGCAUGCCUGGGGCAGCAUGCCUGGGGGAGCAUGCCUGGGGAGCAUGCCUGGGGCAGCAUGCCUGGGGGAGCAUGCCUGGGGGAGCAUGCCUGGGGGAGCAUGCCUGGGGGAGCAUGCCUGGGGGAGCAUGCCUUGGGAGCAUGCCUGGGGGAGCAUGCCUGGGGCAGCAUGCCUGGGGGAGCAUGCCUGGGGGAGCAUGCCUGGGGGAGCAUGCCUGGGGGAGCAUGCCUGGGGCAGCAUGCCUGGGGGAGCAUGCCUGGGGGAGCAUGCCUGGGGAGCAUGCCUGGGGGAGCAUGCCUGGGGGAGCAUGCCUGGGGCAGCAUGCCUGGGGGAGCAUGCCUGGGGGAGCAUGCCUGGGGGAGCAUGCCUGGGGCAGCAUGCCUGGGGCAGCAUGCCUGGGGGAGCAUGCCUGGGGGAGCAUGCCUGGGGGAGCAUGCCUGGAGGAGCAUGCCUGGGGGAGCAUGCCUGGGGGAGCAUGCCUGGGGCAGCAUGCCUGGGGGAGCAUGCCUGGGGCAGCAUGCCUGGGGGAGCAUGCCUGGGGGAGCAUGCCUGGGGGAGCAUGCCUGGGCAGCAUGCCUGGGGGAGCAUGCCUGGGGGAGCAUGCCUGGGGCAGCAUGCCUGGGGGAGCAUGCCUGGGGGAGCAUGCCUGGGGGAGCAUGCCUGGGGGGAGCAUGCCUGGGGGAGCAUGCCUGGGGGAGCAUGCCUGGAGGAGCAUGCCUGGGGGAGCAUGCCUGGGGGAGCAUGCCUGGAGGAGCAUGCCUGGGGGAGCAUGCCUGGGGGAGCAUGCCUGGGGGAGCAUGCCUGGGGCAGCAUGCCUGGGGGAGCAUGCCUGGGGCAGCAUGCCUGGAGGAGCAUGCCUGGGGGAGCAUGCCUGGGGCAGCAUGCCUGGGGGAGCAUGCCUGGGGGAGCAUGCCUGGGGGAGCAUGCCUGGGGGAGCAUGCCUGGGGGAGCAUGCCUGGAGGAGCAUGCCUGGGGGAGCAUGCCUGGGGGAGCAUGCCUGGGGGAGCAUGCCUGGGGGAGCAUGCCUGGGGGAGCAUGCCUGGGGGAGCAUGCCUGGGGGAGCAUGCCUGGGGGAGCAUGCCUGGGGGAGCAUGCCUGGGGGAGCAUGCCUGGGGGAGCAUGCCUGGAGGAGCAUGCCUGGGGGAGCAUGCCUGGGGGAGCAUGCCUGGGGGAGCAUGCCUGGGGGAGCAUGCCUGGGGCAGCAUGCCUGGGGGAGCAUGCCUGGGGCAGCAUGCCUGGGGGAGCAUGCCUGGGGGAGCAUGCCUGGGGGAGCAUGCCUGGGGGAGCAUGCCUGGGGGAGCAUGCCUGGGGGAGCAUGCCUGGGGGAGCAUGCCUGGGGGAGCAUGCCUGGGGGAGCAUGCCUGGGGCAGCAUGCCUGGGGGAGCAUGCCUGGGGGAGCAUGCCUGGGGGAGCAUGCCUGGGGGAGCAUGCCUGGGGGAGCAUGCCUGGGGGAGCAUGCCUGGGGGAGCAUGCCUGGAGGAGCAUGCCUGGGGGAGCAUGCCUGGGGGAGCAUGCCUGGGGGAGCAUGCCUGGGGGAGCAUGCCUGGGGGAGCAUGCCUGGGGCAACAUGCCUGGGGGAGCAUGCCUGGGGGAGCAUGCCUGGGGGAGCAUGCCUGGGGGAGCAUGCCUGGGGGAGCAUGCCUGGGGGAGCAUGCCUGGGGGAGCAUGCCUGGAGGAGCAUGCCUGGGGGAGCAUGCCUGGGGGAGCAUGCCUGGGGGAGCAUGCCUGGGGGAGCAUGCCUGGGGCAGCAUGCCUGGGGGAGCAUGCCUGGGGGAGCAUGCCUGGGGGAGCAUGCCUGGGGCAGCAUGCCUGGGGGAGCAUGCCUGGGGGAGCAUGCCUGGGGGAGCAUGCCUGGGGGAGCAUGCCUGGGGGAGCAUGCCUGGGGGAGCAUGCCUGGGGGAGCAUGCCUGGGGGAGCAUGCCUGGAGGAGCAUGCCUGGGGGAGCAUGCCUGGGGGAGCAUGCCUGGGGGAGCAUGCCUGGGGGAGCAUGCCUGGGGGAGCAUGCCUGGGGGAGCAUGCCUGGGGGAGCAUGCCUGGGGCAGCAUGCCUGGGGGAGCAUGCCUGGGGGAGCAUGCCUGGGGGAGCAUGCCUGGGGGAGCAUGCCUGGGGGAGCAUGCCUGGGGGAGCAUGCCUGGGGGAGCAUGCCUGGAGGAGCAUGCCUGGGGGAGCAUGCCUGGGGGAGCAUGCCUGGGGGAGCAUGCCUGGGGGAGCAUGCCUGGGGCAGAGCAUGCCUGGGGAGCAUGCCUGGGGGAGCAUGCCUGGAGGAGCAUGCCUGGGGGAGCAUGCCUGGGGGAGCAUGCCUGGGGGAGCAUGCCUGGGGGAGCAUGCCUGGAGGAGCAUGCCUGGGGGAGCAUGCCUGGGGGAGCAUGCCUGGGGGAGCAUGCCUGGGGGAGCAUGCCUGGGGCAGCAUGCCUGGGGGAGCAUGCCUGGGGGAGCAUGCCUGGGGAGGCAUGCCUGGGGAGCAUGCCUGGGGGAGCAUGCCUGGGGGAGCAUGCCUGGGGGAGCAUGCCUGGGGGAGCAUGCCUGGGGGAGCAUGCCUGGGGGAGCAUGCCUGGGGGACAUGCCUGGGGAGCAUGCCUGGGGGAGCAUGCCUGGAGGAGCAUGCCUGGGGGAGCAUGCCUGGGGGAGCAUGCCUGGGGGAGCAUGCCUGGGGGAGCAUGCCUGGGGAGCAUGCCUGGGGGAGCAUGCCUGGGGGAGCAUGCCUGGGGGAGCAUGCCUGGGGGAGCAUGCCUGGGGGAGCAUGCCUGGGGCAGCAUGCCUGGGGGAGCAUGCCUGGGGGAGCAUGCCUGGGGGAGCAUGCCUGGGGGAGCAUGCCUGGGGGAGCAUGCCUGGGGGAGCAUGCCUGGGGAGCAUGCCUGGGGGAGCAUGCCUGGGGGAGCAUGCCUGGGGGAGCAUGCCUGGGGGAGCAUGCCUGGGGAGCAUGCCUGGGGGAGCAUGCCUGGGGGAGCAUGCCUGGGGGAGCAUGCCUGGGGGAGCAUGCCUGGGGGAGCAUGCCUGGGGGAGCAUGCCUGGGGGAGCAUGCCUGGGGGAGCAUGCCUGGGGGAGCAUGCCUGGGGCAGCAUGCCUGGGGGAGCAUGCCUGGGGGAGCAUGCCUGGGGGAGCAUGCCUGGGGAGCAUGCCUGGGGGAGCAUGCAUGGGGGAGGCAUGCCUAGGGGGAGCAUGCCUGGGGGAGCAUGCCUGGGGGAGCAUGCCUGGGGGGGAAGCAUGCCUGGGGGAGCAUGCCUGGGGCAGCAUGCCUGGGGGAGCAUGCCUGGGGGAGCAUGCCUGGGGGAGCAUGCCUGGGGGAGCAUGCCUGGGGGAGCAUGCCUGGGGGAGCAUGCCUGGGGGGAGCAUGCUGGGGAGCAUGCCUGGGGGAGCAUGCCUGGGGGAGCAUGCCUGGGGGAGCAUGCCUGGGGGGGAGCAUGCCUGGAGGAGCAUGCCUGGGGAGCAUGCCUGGGGGAGCAUGCCUGGGGGAGCAUGCCUGGGGGAGCAUGCCUGGGGGAGCAUGCCUGGGGGAGCAUGCCUGGGGGAGCAUGCCUGGGGGAGCAUGCCUGGGGGAGCAUGCCUGGGGGAGCAUGCCUGGGGGAGCAUGCCUGGGGGAGCAUGCCUGGGGGAGCAUGCCUGGGGGAGCAUGCCUGGGGGAGCAUGCCUGGGGGAGCAUGCCUGGAGGAGCAUGCCUGGGGGAGCAUGCCUGGGGGAGCAUGCCUGGGGCAGCAUGCCUGGGGGAGCAUGCCUGGGGGAGCAUGCCUGGGGCAGCAUGCCUGGGGGAGCAUGCCUGGGGGAGCAUGCCUGGGGGAGCAUGCCUGGGGGAGCAUGCCUGGGGGAGCAUGCCUGGGGGCGCAUGCCUGGGGCAGCAUGCCUGGGGGAGCAUGCCUGGGGGAGCAUGCCUGGGGGAGCAUGCCUGGGGGAGCAUGCCUGGGGGAGCAUGCCUGGGGGAGCAUGCCUGGGGGAGCAUGCCUGGGGGAGCAUGCCUGGGGGAGCAUGCCUGGGGGAGCAUGCCUGGGGGAGCAUGCCUGGGGAGCAUGCCUGGGAGCAUGCCUGGGGAGCAUGCCUGGGGCAGCAUGCCUGGGGGAGCAUGCCUGGGGGAGCAUGCCUGGGGGAGCAUGCCUGGGGCAGCAUGCCUGGGGGAGCAUGCCUGGGGGAGCAUGCCUGGGGGAGCAUGCCUGGGGCAGCAUGCCUGGGGGAGCAUGCCUGGGGCAGCAUGCCUGGGGCAGCAUGCCUGGGGGAGCAUGCCUGGGGGAGCAUGCCUGGGGGAGCAUGCCUGGGGCAGCAUGCCUGGGGCAGCAUGCCUGGGGGAGCAUGCCUGGGGGAGCAUGCCUGGGGGAGCAUGCCUGGGGGAGCAUGCCUGGGGGAGCAUGCCUGGGGGAGCAUGCCUGGGGGAGCAUGCCUGGGGGAGCAUGCCUGGGGGAGCAUGCCUGGGGGAGCAUGCCUGGGGGAGCAUGCCUGGGGCAGCAUGCCUGGGGGAGCAUGCCUGGGGGAGCAUGCCUGGGGCAGCAUGCCUGGGGGAGCAUGCCUGGGGGAGCAUGCCUGGGGGAGCAUGCCUGGGGCAGCAUGCCUGGGGGAGCAUGCCUGGGGGAGCAUGCCUGGGGGAGCAUGUCUGGGGCAGCAUGCCUGGGGGAGCAUGCCUGGGGGAGCAUGCCUGGGGCAGCAUGCCUGGGGCAGCAUGCCUGGGGCAGCAUGCCUGGGGCAGCAUGCCUGGGGCAGCAUGCCUGGGGGAGCAUGCCUGGGGGAGCAUGCCUGGGGCAGCAUGCCUGGGGGAGCAUGCCUGGGGGAGCAUGCCUGGGGGAGCAUGCCUGGGGGAGCAUGCCUGGGGGAGCAUGCCUGGGGGAGCAUGCCUGGGGGAGCAUGCCUGGGGGAGCAUGCCUGGGGGAGCAUGCCUGGGGGAGCAUGCCUGGGGGAGCAUGCCUGGGGGAGCAUGCCUGGGGCAGCAUGCCUGGGGCAGCAUGCCUGGGGGAGCAUGCCUGGGGCAGCAUGCCUGGGGGAGCAUGCCUGGGGCAGCAUGCCUGGGGGAGCAUGCCUGGGGCAGCAUGCCUGGGGCAGCAUGCCUGGGGGAGCAUGCCUGGGGGAGCAUGCCUGGGGGAGCAUGCCUGGGGCAGCAUGCCUGGGGGAGCAUGCCUGGGGGAGCAUGCCUGGGGGAGCAUGCCUGGGGCAGCAUGCCUGGGGGAGCAUGCCUGGGGCAGCAUGCCUGGGGCAGCAUGCCUGGGGGAGCAUGCCUGGGGGAGCAUGCCUGGGGGAGCAUGCCUGGGGGAGCAUGCCUGGGGGAGCAUGCCUGGGGCAGCAUGCCUGGGGGAGCAUGCCUGGGGCAGCAUGCCUGGGGGAGCAUGCCUGGGGGAGCAUGCCUGGGGGAGCAUGCCUGGGGGAGCAUGCCUGGGGGAGCAUGCCUGGGGCAGCAUGCCUGGGACAGCAUGCCUGGGGGAGCAUGCCUGGGGCAGCAUGCCUGGGGGAGCAUGCCUGGGGCAGCAUGCCUGGGGGAGCAUGCCUGGGGCAGCAUGCCUGGGGCAGCAUGCCUGGGGCAGCAUGCCUGGGGGAGCAUGCCUGGGGCAGCAUGCCUGGGGGAGCAUGCCUGGGGGAGCAUGCCUGGGGGAGCAUGCCUGGGGGAGCAUGCCUGGGGGAGCAUGCCUGGGGCAGCAUGCCUGGGGGAGCAUGCCUGGGGGAGCAUGCCUGGGGAGCAUGCCUGGGGGAGCAUGCCUGGGGCAGCAUGCCUGGGGGAGCAUGCCUGGGGGAGCAUGCCUGGGGCAGCAUGCCUGGGGGAGCAUGCCUGGGGGAGCAUGCCUGGGGGAGCAUGCCUGGGGGAGCAUGCCUGGGGCAGCAUGCCUGGGGGAGCAUGCCUGGGGGAGCAUGCCUGGGGGAGCAUGCCUGGGGGAGCAUGCCUGGGGGAGCAUGCCUGGGGGAGCAUGCCUGGGGGAGCAUGCCUGGGGGAGCAUGCCUGGGGCAGCAUGCCUGGGGGAGCAUGCCUGGGGGAGCAUGCCUGGGGGAGCAUGCCUGGGGGAGCAUGCCUGGGGGAGCAUGCCUGGGGGAGCAUGCCUGGGGGAGCAUGCCUGGGGGAGCAUGCCUGGGGGAGCAUGCCUGGGGGAGCAUGCCUGGGGGAGCAUGCCUGGGGGAGCAUGCCUGGGGGAGCAUGCCUGGGGGAGCAUGCCUGGGGGAGCAUGCCUGGGGGAGCAUGCCUGGGGGAGCAUGCCUGGGGGAGCAUGCCUGGGGGAGCAUGCCUGGGGGAGCAUGCCUGGGGGAGCAUGCCUGGGGGAGCAUGCCUGGGGGAGCAUGCCUGGGGGAGCAUGCCUGGGGGAGCAUGCCUGGGGGAGCAUGCCUGGGGGAGCAUGCCUGGGGGAGCAUGCCUGGGGGAGCAUGCCUGGGGGAGCAUGCCUGGGGGAGCAUGCCUGGGGGAGCAUGCCUGGGGGAGCAUGCCUGGGGGAGCAUGCCUGGGGGAGCAUGCCUGGGGGAGCAUGCCUGGGGCAGCAUGCCUGGGGGAGCAUGCCUGGGGGAGCAUGCCUGGGGGAGCAUGCCUGGGGGAGCAUGCCUGGGGGAGCAUGCCUGGGGAGCAUGCCUGGGGCAGCAUGCCUGGGGGAGCAUGCCUGGGGAGCAUGCCUGGGGCAGCAUGCCUGGGGGAGCAUGCCUGGGGCAGCAUGCCUGGGGCAGCAUGCCUGGGGGAGCAUGCCUGGGGGAGCAUGCCUGGGGGAGCAUGCCUGGGGCAGCAUGCCUGGGGCAGCAUGCCUGGGGGAGCAUGCCUGGGGGAGCAUGCCUGGGGGAGCAUGCCUGGGGGAGCAUGCCUGGGGGAGCAUGCCUGGGGGAGCAUGCCUGGGGGAGCAUGCCUGGGGGAGCAUGCCUGGGGGAGCAUGCCUGGGGGAGCAUGCCUGGGGGAGCAUGCCUGGGGCAGCAUGCCUGGGGGAGCAUGCCUGGGGGAGCAUGCCUGGGGCAGCAUGCCUGGGGGAGCAUGCCUGGGGGAGCAUGCCUGGGGGAGCAUGCCUGGGGCAGCAUGCCUGGGGGAGCAUGCCUGGGGGAGCAUGCCUGGGGGAGCAUGUCUGGGGCAGCAUGCCUGGGGGAGCAUGCCUGGGGGAGCAUGCCUGGGGCAGCAUGCCUGGGGCAGCAUGCCUGGGGCAGCAUGCCUGGGGCAGCAUGCCUGGGGCAGCAUGCCUGGGGGAGCAUGCCUGGGGGAGCAUGCCUGGGGCAGCAUGCCUGGGGGAGCAUGCCUGGGGGAGCAUGCCUGGGGGAGCAUGCCUGGGGGAGCAUGCCUGGGGGAGCAUGCCUGGGGGAGCAUGCCUGGGGGAGCAUGCCUGGGGGAGCAUGCCUGGGGGAGCAUGCCUGGGGGAGCAUGCCUGGGGCAGCAUGCCUGGGGCAGCAUGCCUGGGGGAGCAUGCCUGGGGCAGCAUGCCUGGGGGAGCAUGCCUGGGGCAGCAUGCCUGGGGGAGCAUGCCUGGGGGAGCAUGCCUGGGGGAGCAUGCCUGGGGCAGCAUGCCUGGGGGAGCAUGCCUGGGGGAGCAUGCCUGGGGGAGCAUUCCUGGGGCAGCAUGCCUGGGGGAGCAUGCCUGGGGCAGCAUGCCUGGGGCAGCAUGCCUGGGGGAGCAUGCCUGGGGGAGCAUGCCUGGGGGAGCAUGCCUGGGGCAGCAUGCCUGGGGCAGCAUGCCUGGGGCAGCAUGCCUGGGGCAGCAUGCCUGGGGCAGCAUGCCUGGGGGAGCAUGCCUGGGGGAGCAUGCCUGGGGCAGCAUGCCUGGGGGAGCAUGCCUGGGGGAGCAUGCCUGGGGGAGCAUGCCUGGGGCAGCAUGCCUGGGGGAGCAUGCCUGGGGGAGCAUGCCUGGGGGAGCAUGCCUGGGGGAGCAUGCCUGGGGCAGCAUGCCUGGGGGAGCAUGCCUGGGGCAGCAUGCCUGGGGGAGCAUGCCUGGGGGAGCAUGCCUGGAGGAGCAUGCCUGGGGGAGCAUGCCUGGGGGAGCAUGCCUGGGGGAGCAUGCCUGGGGGAGCAUGCCUGGGGCAGCAUGCCUGGGGGAGCAUGCCUGGGGGAGCAUGCCUGGGGGAGCAUGCCUGGGGCAGCAUGCCUGGGGGAGCAUGCCUGGGGCAGCAUGCCUGGGGCAGCAUGCCUGGGGGAGCAUGCCUGGGGGAGCAUGCCUGGGGGAGCAUGCCUGGGGCAGCAUGCCUGGGGGAGCAUGCCUGGGGGAGCAUGCCUGGGGGAGCAUGCCUGGGGGAGAAUGCCUGGGGCAGCAUGCCUGGGGGAGCAUGCCUGGGGGAGCAUGCCUGGGGGAGCAUGCCUGGGGGAGCAUGCCUGGGGGAGCAUGCCUGGGGGAGCAUGCCUGGGGGAGCAUGCCUGGGGGAGCAUGCCUGGGGGAGCAUGCCUGGGGCAGCAUGCCUGGGGGAGCAUGCCUGGGGGAGCAUGCCUGGGGGAGCAUGCCUGGGGGAGCAUGCCUGGGGCAGCAUGCCUGGGGGAGCAUGCCUGGGGGAGCAUGCCUGGGGCAGCAUGCCUGGGGGAGCAUGCCUGGGGGAGCAUGCCUGGGGCAGCAUGCCUGGGGCAGCAUGCCUGGGGGAGCAUGCCUGGGGCAGCAUGCCUGGGGGAGCAUGCCUGGGGGAGCAUGCCUGGGGGAGCAUGCCUGGGGGAGCAUGCCUGGGGGAGCAUGCCUGGGGGAGCAUGCCUGGGGGAGCAUGCCUGGGGGAGCAUGCCUGGGGGAGCAUGCCUGGGGGAGCAUGCCUGGGGGAGCAUGCCUGGGGGAGCAUGCCUGGGGGAGCAUGCCUGGGGGAGCAUGCCUGGGGGAGCAUGCCUGGGGGAGCAUGCCUGGGGGAGCAUGCCUGGGGCAGCAUGCCUGGGGGAGCAUGCCUGGGGGAGCAUGCCUGGGGGAGCAUGCCUGGGGGAGCAUGCCUGGGGCAGCAUGCCUGGGGGAGCAUGCCUGGGGGAGCAUGCCUGGGGCAGCAUGCCUGGGGGAGCAUGCCUGGGGCAGCAUGCCUGGGGGAGCAUGCCUGGGGGAGCAUGCCUGGGGGAGCAUGCCUGGGGCAGCAUGCCUGGGGGAGCAUGCCUGGGGGAGCAUGCCUGGGGGAGCAUGCCUGGGGGAGCAUGCCUGGGGGAGCAUGCCUGGGGCAGCAUGCCUGGGGGAGCAUGCCUGGGGGAGCAUGCCUGGGGCAGCAUGCCUGGGGGAGCAUGCCUGGGGGAGCAUGCCUGGGGGAGCAUGCCUGGGGGAGCAUGCCUGGGGGAGCAUGCCUGGGGGAGCAUGCCUGGGGGAGCAUGCCUGGGGGAGCAUGCCUGGGGGAGCAUGCCUGGGGGAGCAUGCCUGGGGCAGCAUGCCUGGGGGAGCAUGCCUGGGGGAGCAUGCCUGGGGGAGCAUGCCUGGGGGAGCAUGCCUGGGGCAGCAUGCCUGGGGGAGCAUGCCUGGGGGAGCAUGCCUGGGGGAGCAUGCCUGGGGGAGCAUGCCUGGGGGAGCAUGCCUGGGGCAGCAUGCCUGGGGCAGCAUGCCUGGGGGAGCAUGCCUGGGGGAGCAUGCCUGGGGGAGCAUGCCUGGGGGAGCAUGCCUGGGGCAGCAUGCCUGGGGCAGCAUGCCUGGGGGAGCAUGCCUGGGGGAGCAUGCCUGGGGGAGCAUGCCUGGGGCAGCAUGCCUGGGGCAGCAUGCCUGGGGCAGCAUGCCUGGGGGAGCAUGCCUGGGGGAGCAUGCCUGGGGGAGCAUGCCUGGGGGAGCAUGCCUGGGGGAGCAUGCCUGGGGGAGCAUGCCUGGGGCAGCAUGCCUGGGGGAGCAUGCCUGGGGGAGCAUGCCUGGGGGAGCAUGCCUGGGGGAGCAUGCCUGGGGCAGCAUGCCUGGGGGAGCAUGCCUGGGGGAGCAUGCCUGGGGGAGCAUGCCUGGGGGAGCAUGCCUGGGGGAGCAUGCCUGGGGCAGCAUGCCUGGGGCAGCAUGCCUGGGGGAGCAUGCCUGGGGGAGCAUGCCUGGGGGAGCAUGCCUGGGGGAGCAUGCCUGGGGCAGCAUGCCUGGGGCAGCAUGCCUGGGGGAGCAUGCCUGGGGGAGCAUGCCUGGGGGAGCAUGCCUGGGGGAGCAUGCCUGGGGCAGCAUGCCUGGGGCAGCAUGCCUGGGGGAGCAUGCCUGGGGCAGCAUGCCUGGGGGAGCAUGCCUGGGGGAGCAUGCCUGGGGGAGCAUGCCUGGGGGAGCAUGCCUGGGGGAGCAUGCCUGGGGGAGCAUGCCUGGGGGAGCAUGCCUGGGGGAGCAUGCCUGGGGCAGCAUGCCUGGGGGAGCAUGCCUGGGGGAGCAUGCCUGGGGGAGCAUGCCUGGGGGAGCAUGCCUGGGGGAGCAUGCCUGGGGCAGCAUGCCUGGGGGAGCAUGCCUGGGGGAGCAUGCCUGGGGGAGCAUGCCUGGGGCAGCAUGCCUGGGGGAGCAUGCCUGGGGCAGCAUGCCUGGGGCAGCAUGCCUGGGGCAGCAUGCCUGGGGCAGCAUGCCUGGGGGAGCAUGCCUGGGGGAGCAUGCCUGGGGGAGCAUGCCUGGGGGAGCAUGCCUGGGGGAGCAUGCCUGGGGCAGCAUGCCUGGGGGAGCAUGCCUGGGGCAGCAUGCCUGGGGCAGCAUGCCUGGGGCAGCAUGCCUGGGGCAGCAUGCCUGGGGCAGCAUGCCUGGUCAACGGCACGUGUUGCCCCGCCCGUGCAUGUUUUUUGAGAAUUCUCAAAAAACAGACGUAGGUGGGUGA